GUCGCAAAAUUCAAAAUAAAAAGAGGGCUCAGGAUGUAGCUUAGCGUGAAGGUGGUAGGUGGGUGGGUCUCACUAUGGGUAGUAACCAAAUGGUGGCAGCUUUUCCUUUAAAUGCAUAAUUUUUCUUCAGGGCUCCAUUCUAAAUAUUUAAAUUACAUAAUCACAGAGGGUCUCAAAUGUUUACUUACAAAUAUUAAUUAAAAGCAUUCCAAUCAUAUACAUUGUAUUUCAAAAUAAGUUCUGUUAAAGUAGUACAUUUCAUAGUCAUCUUGUGGCUUAUUGCACUUCCGGCAACAGCUACUGACAAACUUCCUCUGUGCCACAGAAACCCUUUCAGUGUGCUAAGGGACCAUUUUUAAUCUGAAUCGAACCACCCCUUUUGCUUUUUUAGCCAAAUCACCAACAUGUCCUGUUAGAACAAGAAUUUAGCAUUCUGAGAAAGAAGGUAACAGGAGGAAACAUUCUGAAAUGGAUCCCAAAUAUUUCAUCUUAAUUUUGUUUUUUGGAUACCCAAACAAUACAUUUUUCUCAAACACAGAAACAAUCACAACAGAGAAGCCACAGUCUACUUUACUUACAUCAUCGUUGUAUGUCUCAGCUAAUUCUCAAAACACAACAGGGAAUACUUUGGGUCAACCAACACAAUUUGGUAACAUUUCUCCUGGACAACUAACGUCUCCUGCCAAGACUGCUGGACAAUCAACACCAACUAUUUCUGUCUCUUCUAGAAAACCAGUAGCUCACACUUCUGCUAAGCCACUUGCCUACAACAUCACCAGACAACCAAUACCAACAGCCAACACCUCCUUCCCAUCGAAAGCACUGCCUGCAUUCACCUCUGCCAGAGAGCUACCAUCUUCUGCCUACACUUCCACCAGACAACCAUCAACACCAUUUGUCUACCCUCCCUCCUCUCAACAAUCAUCAUCACCUGUUCAUACUUCUUCUGGAAAACCAGUACCACCAACUUUUGGUAAUCUAUCCACGUGGCCAAUAUCAACAGUCAAAAACUUACCUAGGAAUACACCAGGAUUUAUUUUUGAAACUACCAGUAACAAAGAAGUUAUUAAAAAAACAGAUUACAGAUCAACAGCUGCCAUAUUUGUUGGUACAGUUCUGACUUUUAUGUUGGUAGCUAUAAUCAUGAUUGUACUAUGGAAAUGCUUGAGAAAACCAGUUUUAAAUGAUCAUAAUUGGGCAGGCAGGUCUCCAUUUGCUGAUGGAGAAACCCCUGACAUGUGUAUGGAUAACAUUAGAGAAAAUGAACUUUCCACAAAACGUACAUCAAUUGUUUCACUCAAGACUUGGAAACCAAACAAAAGCACACUUUUAGCAGAUGACUUAGAAAUUAAGUUGUUUGAAUCAAGUGAAAACAUUGAAGAUGCCAACAACCCCAAAACAGAGAAAAUAAAAUAUCAAGUAAAUGAUACAUCAGAGAUCAGUGCUGAUGGGUCAACAAUUGGUACUGCUGUUUCUUCUUCGGAUGAUACAGAUCUGCCUCUGCCAACUCCUCUUCUUGAUUUGGAAGGACAGGACAGUAGCCAAUCUGACAAACCCACGAUGAUAAUUCUAUCUCCUCUUCCAAAUGAUUUUACCAAUCUCCAACCAUCUCUGGAAGGUCUAAAUCAAGCCUGUGAAGAUCCUAAUUCCGAUACUGAACAGUCAUUUCCACUGCCCCCCGAGUCAUUUAGCUUGCCCCCACCACAAGCAGAUUUUGUAAAAACUCAAGAUUCCAACGAGAUUCAGUGUCAGGAGUUCUCUAUUCCUCUUGACUCCGAUCAAGAUCUUAACAAAUCCCUGCCACCACCACCUGCAGAACUGUUAUAAAUAUUACAACUUGCUUUUUAGCCAAACUUUUAUCCUUAAAUAUCUCCAUCCUUUCUUCUUCAUGUGAUAAAGUACAUAAAAUGAUAAAUGCCAGCCAACUUUGAUUUUUAUACAGAAACUAUCUGAAAUCUGCUUAAAGCCCAUGUGUAUAAGAGGAAUUAAAAAAUUAUAUUAACAGUGAAGCAUUUACUAGCUACAGUGAAUAUCUUUCAAGUACAGUAUAUUUUACAUGUGUAGAUGGUAUAAAUGUCAAUAAUUUAACCUUGUUUGGAAAUAAGAAAUCUAUGUGUACUUAUUACCCAAUAGAUUUUUCUGUGAAAUGCUGUGGAUACACUUAUUCUGAAAACAUAAAACCGUAUUUUUCCAUUUCAGAGUGUGGGGUGGCAAGGAAAAGAGAUUAAAUACAUACUCCCAAGUUUCAAGUUAAUAUUGUGAGUGUUAAAUAAAUACUCCAAAUUUAUGGGGAUGAGAUUAAAAUGCAUGUUCAAAGAGGGAGAAAUUUUUCUUUUUUGUCUCACUGCCAACAGUAAAACAAACAUUAAAAUGUCAAACUGGAGGGUUAGGUUGGGAAUACUCUGAAAAAAAUAUGAACAUGUACAAUAAACUCAUUUUAAACCACCUUUUAAAACAAAU